AUGCCGCUGGAGCCUCCUUUCCCUCCUCUUUACAGGCAGUCCGCCGUCGAUACAGCUCUCGAUGCGCCGGACGACGGGAAGACGCAGGCUGGCCCAUCUUCGGCCGGCCGGCUGCGCAUCAAGCUCGAUCCCAUAGGCACGCUGCCCACCAUCGCUCGCGUCAAGGAGCCAUAUACCGCACACGAUACGAGACACGGCAGCCACAGCGUGUAUCUGGUCGAGGACGAGGGCAUCGACAGGUUUGUGGCGGGCGACUUGAGCGUCAAGCGGCUCAACGAUAUCCAUGGCCUGCUCUGGAUGGCCGGGCGGCCGCUGAACGCGCGCAAGAUGCAGCGGUAUAAGAUGAUCGGCUUCGAAUUCCUGCCCACGGAGCAGGCAGACCUGCAUCUCAUCCAUUUCUCGAACAAGAUCUACCUCAAGACGCUGCCGGACUACAUCCUCGACUACGACUUCUGGGAGAAAUACCUGUGCAAGGACGAGGCGCUGCACAAGCUGGCGUGCGGCUUCCUGCUCUCCUGGGUCUGGCUGAUAUGCUCGCCCAUCGACCUGCAGCUGGCCCAGGACGCCCAUCUCGUCUCGCCCCAGAUUAAAUGGCCGUGGUGGAAGCAGUUUGUCAAGGACUUCAACCGGCACGUCGACUUCAACGCCCUCGACAGAGUCAACAAGCGGUACCACUUCGGCGAGCUCAGGCUGGGCCGCAUCAACACCAUCUUCCGCCUGCGUUUCUUCCGCUCGCACUUCAUCCGCGGCUAUCUCUACAGUUAUAACCGCUACCAGGUCUUCUUUGAGCGCAACUUUGGCUGGCUCAUCGGGGCAUUCGUGUAUAUUUCGGUUGUGCUCUCGGCCAUGCAGGUCGGCACCGCCAUACGCCCGUUGAACGACAGCGAGGCCUUCCACCAGGCUUCGUACGGCGUUGUUGUCCUGUCUAUCGUUGCAGUGGCUGCCUGUCUAGCCUUUGUUGUCAUUCUCUUCUCCUGGAUCUACCUCUAUAACAUGGUGGCUGCCAUCUGGCACUCCCGCAGCGAGAGGCAGAAGAGGAAGAAACUCGCUGCCAUGCUGGCUCAAAAGUCGGUGCUCGCUGAUGGAGCUCCAUAA